UUUCUGGAGCCCCAUAAUUUCCUCUUCCUUUUGGGUGUGAACAUCGUUGAUUGCUAAUAGCAAAGAAAUUUGAAAAAAAUGAACCAUAUAAAAGUAACUUCAUUUUUUAAACAUGGCUUGAUUUAAAUUUUUGUGUAAAUGUUCUGUGAUGAGAUAGUCUCUUAUGUCUGCCAGGUCCAGUACUAGAUUUUUUUGACUCAGAACCAACAACCCCAAUUUAAAUGAAAUAUAGAUACACACAAUAUUUGUAAGCUACUAUGGGAAUUUAUAGGUGGUCGUAGAUAUCUUGGUCAAACCAAAUAGAUAAAGAACUCACAUGAAUCCAGCCUUGUGCUCUGUUUUGUAUUUCUCAUGUUCGAGCAGAGUCUGUGUGUAUCAAGAAAUAAGAAUGAUAGGAGGAAUCCAGCCUCCUCAGACAACUAUGUUGCUCCGAUCUGGAAGAGGUGGUGGUGCUAUUGUUGUUGCUGCUGCAGGUGGACGAGGCACGAGCCCUCAUGGCUCCUCCCUCCUCCUCCCCCCUGACGCGAAGGCACGACAGCGUCAUCGUGCGUCAGGUUUAGGUAGAAGGCACGACACCGCCAUGCUCUCCCCCACUACAACGCCACGCACCUGGUUAUAUGGUUCAAUAGCCGUCGACCAUAGAAGCGCAGGUCACGGCUCACGCCACUAUUUCGUCGGGGUCACCAUUGCGUGGUUGUCGUCCUCGCACUGUGAGCGAGCUAAGGUGUUUACAACACAGGGAGGAGCUGGGCGACAAGGCAGUCAUACCAAACUCUCUUUAUCCACCAUAUAUAUGUAGUCUGAUGUUAUGCCAUAGCCGAACCAUAUAAGUUUCGUGUACUGCUCUAUCAAUUUGGUCUUUUGGCAUAUUAGACUUCUAUCAUUUGUAAUGAACUUAUUGGCAUGGGCGAUCAUUAUGACUGGAUCGUAUGAUAUGAAUCGGGUCUUUAUGCUUUGUGAUGAAAUAGCAUACUAUCCCGUUCACCAGUUUAGUUUGGUUUCGAGUAAAACGUAU